GCUGGGCGGCAGGUUUUCGGCGGCAGGUUUGAGUUGUUGUAGCUGCGGUCAGGGCCCCUACUGUCCAGUGAAGAGGCUGUGCUGCUUGAUUUAAACAGUCUGAAACUAUUGCUGUGAUUGAUCUUCCAUUUUCUGGCCUGAAAAACAUUCAGGGAAAGAGGAAGAGAUGGCAGAUUCUUGGGGCUCAGUGGCUUAUGAAGAUGUAGCCGUGAUAUUCACUCAAGAGGAGUGGCCACUAUUGAAUCCUUCAGAGAAGAAACUCUACAGAGAUGUCAUGUGUGAAAACUUGAGGAACUUUCUUUCCAUAGAAAAAAUACAAGAACUUUCCACCAAAGAGCAGCAUUACUUGCACAGGAGUCAACAAAGGUGAGAGUUAAACUUACAAUAAUAUGUGAUGUACCACCCAGAAAGCUAUUGUGUUUUCAAAUAUUUUGUCUCUGUGUUAUUUACCUAGUUCUGGUGCCUGCAUAAUUUCCCUGUAAUAGGCCGCGUUCUCGAACCCAGAUUCUUAAGACUUGUCCUUGUUCUUUUUGGAACAUAUGGUUAACCUGCUAUGCUACCACUUGACUGCCACAAACAGAUUAAUUUUUAUAUAAUCUCAUCAAAGAUACUUCAUGACUAGGUUAUAGAACAUUUGGACAAGUGACUCAAAUACAAUGUAUGUGACAUACAUGACUGAAGUUCCCAUCUGACUCACUGGCAACAAAACGACCAUAAUGAUGUUCUACAUUAUCUGUCUAUUCUUCAUGUCAUAGGAAAAUCUUUCUCACAUGUAACAAGGAAAUGGAAGUCUUAAAAAGGGGUCAAAGAUGCUUAGUAUUUUAUAAAAUAGUACACUUGGAAACAGUACGAGUAUCUAUAAUGUAUGAAUACCUAUAUUUUUAUGAUACGUAGAUGUAGUCCUAGAAAAGAUCAAUAUUUUCAGUGAAAAAUUUCAACACAAUGCCAUACCUGGCUGUUAACAAAUAGUGGUUCAAUUAAUAUAUACAAAAUGCCUGUAAAGAUAUCAUUAGUUGUGGCAUAAUAUACUUAAAUGAAAGUAUGUAGUUUUUACCAGUUUUUAUCUUAUUUAUUUAUUGGAUAGAGACAGCCAGAAAUCUAAAGGAAGGGAGUGAGAAAGAGGACCUGCAGUCCUUCUUCAGCACUUGCAAAGUUUUCCCCCUGCAGGUGGGUACUGGGGCUCAACCCAGGUCUUGCUCAUUGUAGCAUGUGUGCUGAGUCAGCUACACCACUGCCCAUCCCCCUCCUUUUUUAGUGUUUAUUGAAAUAGUCCCUUUUGUUGCUCUUGUUUUAUUGUUGUUGCUGUCAUUGAUUCUGGACAGGAGAGAAAAUUGGAGAGAAGGGGAGAGAAAGAUAGACACCUAAACACCUGCUUUACCACCUGUGAAGUGACUCCCCUGCAGGUGGGAAGCCAUGGGAUCAAACUGGAAUUCCUCAAACUCUCUUUACCUUUCACACCAUGUGUGUUUAGAAUGCUGUGCUACAUCCUGACUCCCAAUUCAGCCCUUUUUAACCAAUUUUUUAACUUUACUUUUAAUACGAGAGUUUUAAAAAAUUAUUUUUAUUGGAUAGAGACAUAAUGAGAAAACGGGGAGAUAGGGAGGAAGAGAGACACCUUCUGAUGAGCGUCACUACCUGUGAAGUGACUCCCCAGCAGGUGGAGACCCGGGGACUUGAACUGGGAUCCUAACUGGUUCUAGCUAUUUGCACUGCACCUGCUAAAGCCACUGUGGUACCACCCAACUCCCUGAAGAUCUUUUUCUAAUUUUGAAUAUUUGUGAUUUUUUUCAUUAUAUGGUUCUAGUAAAAUCUAUUGUUAAUAUCUGAUGUUAUAUAAAAUUAUGUUCUGCAUCCUGUUAAUAGAAUCAGUUAUAUUCAUUGAAAUGUCAUUAAUUAAUUGUUCAUUAUUUUACAGUAAUACAGCCGUGAAAGUCUCUGAGGGCACAAAAAGUCAGAGUGGUAGAAAAUCUCAAGAAUGUGAAGUAUACAACAAAUUACUCACUGGUUCUAUUCAUCUUCAAAAAUAUGAAAGAAUUCACAGUGGAAAGAAACCCUCUGGAUGUAAACAGUGUAGUAAAACAUUCAGUUGUCCCAGUUAUCUUCGGGUACAUGAAAGAACUCACACUGGAGAGAAACCCUAUGAAUGUAAACAAUGUAGAAAAACAUUCAGUUGUUCCAGUAGUCUUAAGCUACAUGAAAGAACUCACAGUGGAGAGAAACCCUAUGAAUGUAAACAAUGUAGUAAAACAUUCCAUUGUUCCAGUAAACUUAAGAUACAUGAAAGAACUCACAGUGGAGAGAAACCCUAUGAAUGUAAACAAUGUAGUAAAACAUUCAGUUCUUCCAGUAAUGUUAAGCUACAUGAAAGAACUCACAGUGGAGAGAAACCCUAUGAAUGUAAACAAUGUUGUAAAACAUUCAGUUAUUCCAGUAGUCUAAAGAAACAUGAAAGAAGUCACAGUGGAGAGAAACCCUAUGAAUGUAAGCAAUGUAGUAAAACAUUCAGUUGUUCCAGUAUACUUAAGAAUCAUGAAAGAACUCACAGUGGAGAGAAACCCUAUGAAUGUACACAAUGUAGUAAAACAUUCAGUUGUUCCAGUAUACUUAAAAACCAUGAAAGAACUCACAGUGGAGAGAAACCCUAUGAAUGUACACAAUGUAGUAAAACAUUCAGUUGUUCCAGUAGUCUUCAGAAACAUGAAAGAACUCACAGUGGAGAGAAACCCUAUGAAUGUAAACAAUGUACUAAAACAUUCAGUUGUUCCAGUAGUCUUCACUCACAUGAAAGAACUCACAGUGGAGAGAAACCCUAUGAAUGUAAACAAUGUAGUAAAACAUUCAGUUUUUCCAGUAGUCUUAAGCUACAUGAAAGAAUUCACACUGGAGAGAAACCCUAUGAAUGUAAACAAUGUAGUAGAGCAUUCAGUUGUUCCAGUAGUCUUCGCUCACAUGAAAGAACUCACAGUGGAGAGAAACCCUAUGAAUGUAAACAAUGUUGUAAAACAUUCAGCUGUUCCAGUAGUCUUAAGAAACAUGAAAGAACUCACAGUGGAGAGAAACCCUAUGAAUGUAAACAAUGUAGUAAAACAUUCCGUUCUUCCAUCUUUGCUCACAUGAAAGAAUUAACACAGGAGGGAAACCCUUUAAAUGUAAACAAUGUAGUAAAACAUUUCGACAAUCCUGUAUUCUAUGGCAACAUGAAUGAACUCACAGUGGAGAGAAACCAUAUAAAUGUAAAGUAAAACAUACAGUCAAUACACAACUCUUUGGACACAUGAAAGAAUUCACAGUGGAGAGAAACGUUAUGAUUGUAACCUAUGUAGUAGACAUUCAGGCAAUGUGUAAAUCUUCGGACACAUGAAAACUCAGUGCAGAGAAACCUUAUGAAUGUAAACAAAGCAUUCCUGGGAUGUAGUUCUUGUUAGUUACAUGAUAGAACUCACAGUGGAAAGAAACCUUGAAUGUGAACAAUGUAGUCAAACAUUUAAGCCAGUUUUCUUUGGAUACAUGAAUGAUCUCACAGUAGAGAGAAACUUAGUGAAAAUAAACAGUGAAAAACUGGGAACUUAGAUAUCAACAAUGCUUAGAUGUAUUCAAAUCGAUAACAGUUUUUGCACAUAUAAAAUGACUGUCAUUAGGAAAACAAUUAUCAGUGUAGACAUUGUGGAGUGAGUUUACAGACCUAGAAAAGAACUUGUCCUGGAGUGACAAGUGAAUGUAAAACAGUGGAAUAAUAGUGGAUGCUACAAUAUGUGUAUAUAAAUAUUAAAUAAAUAAUUGAAAUUGAUAAA